CGGUUUUACUAAAAAUAUACAAAUUAGGGAUUGAUAUGAUGAUAACGUUCGUAUUUGGUUUUUCAUUUGUGUGACGAAUGGAUUUGUUAUUGCCUAAAAAUAAUGUCUGUGCAUGUAAAGGAAUCCGAACGUGUCUGUCGUGUGAAACAAAUAAAAUGCCUCUCUUGCAAGAUAACAUAGCUAAAAGUGGUUUGGUCUAUAGAUAUUGUCAUCACUGCUGCAAAGCCUUUGCUGACAGCGAUCACACAAGUCAUCCCGAUCACAAAGGUGACAGUGUUCCAUUAGAAGGAGUUGUCAUCUGUGAAGACUUCAUCAGCAGUGAGGAAGAGGACAGACUUGUUUCUAAAAUCUAUGAGACGCCAUUUGUAGACUCACAGUCUGGCAGGAGGAAACAGGAUUAUGGACCCAAAGUUAAUUUCAAGAAGCAAAAGGUUAAAACUGAGGUAUUCAGUGGUCUUCCUCAAUUCAGCCAGUUUAUCUACGAACGGAUGACAUCUAUCAGUGCUCUUGCCAGGUUUGCUCCAGUGGAGUUAUGCAAUUUGGAAUAUGAUGCCAGUAGGGGAGCUUCCAUUGACCCUCACUUUGAUGACUUCUGGCUGUGGGGAGAAAGACUUGUCACUGUUAACUUACUGUCAGACUCCAUUCUCUGUUUUACAAGAGAUGACAAGCCAGAUGUUGAAAUUCAUGUGCUGAUGCCAAGGAGGUCUCUGAUCGUGGUAGCUGGAGAAGCCAGAUACAGGUGGAAACAUGGGAUUCAUAGAAGUGACAUAAAUGGCAGACGGAUAGCCAUGACAUUCAGAGAGUUAUCUAAUGAAUUUAAAGAUGGUGGAACGAAAGAACAAUUUGGAAAGCAGCUUGUUGACCUUGCAUUGACCUUUGGAGGUCGGGCUGUGGGAUCUUGAUGCUUUUAUGUUCUAGAUUUUACAGUUUUUAAAUAUAUCUUAAAAGGAAAAUUAAGAGGUGCAUAAGUACAAUCAGUGAAUUUUUCUUACAAGUGUAUAUUUUUUUAUGAUAGGAAAUCAAUAGCAGUAUACAAUUAGGCAGUAUUUAAUUGCUGGUCGAAUGCAUAUGAAUAUCAAUAAUUUAAACCUAUGCCCCCACUCGCACCUCGGUGAUACAUCUUUUUUUUCCUCACCGCCUUUUAUAUUUGCCUGUCGCCCAGUGACUAAUAGACAGUGGUUGUCCCCCAAUAUAAAAUCCUGGCUAUGGCAAUAAAUCACGGAUAUGCAUCAGUACAUUGUUGCAGAUUACAAUGCUGGUUUCUUUCUUUAAGCUUUAAAAAUAUAUACUUAACUCCAAAAGAAACGCGAAUACGUAGAUUGGAGGUUUUGAGUGCACUCAUUGAAAUACGUCCCAAAGUUCUUAAAAUAAUCGUUUCUAUGAAAAACUUAAACAAUU